AGCUAAAGUCAUACACUCACAGCACCAUCUUGGACCGCCUCCUGAGAAGAAGAAAAAAAGAAUUCAAGCGUGACAAGGAUGUGCAGCAGAGAAAAGUCUCUCAGUGUUCAGCAGCUGAUAGAAGGACAGGAGAUGUUGGUUCUGGAACUGGUUCUGAUCGUUGUGCUUCAGUUUGAAGGCACCAGAGGAGGAGAACUUUAUCACAGAUCUGGAGAUGAUGUCGUUCUACCUUGUAACAGUCCUUCAUCUUCUUCCCCAUGCUCCAUUGUUACCUGGAUUUACUUCAGGGAUACAAGCUCAAGCUCUCUGUUGGAGGUUCAGGAUGGAAAAGUUGAUCAGAGUUCACCUCGAGCUGCCAGGUUAAAUGUGGACAGUAAAUGCUCUCUGAUCAUCAACAACAUCACUGCUGAGGAUGCUGGAGCGUACGCCUGUCGAUUUGGUUCAGGAACCACCUUUGAUGGCAGUGUGAUUCUGAGUGUUUUGACCAUCUCUCCAUCUCCACCAGGUGCUGAUCCAACAAAGGAUGAAGAUUUCACAUUACAGUGUUCUCUGGAGAGAUACAGAGGGUUGGGUCAUUGUCCAGAGAAGAGCCUCCUCUGGGUGGAUGAGACAGGAAGUGAGCUGCUUGGUGAAGGUGUUGGGUUCAAGUCUGGAGGACAGACUGGCUGUGAUUCUAAUCUCACUGUGAAGCUUCAGAGCAGCAGCAACAGAAGAUACACCUGCCAGUUUGUUAAGAACAACACAGUGAAGAUAGAAGCUCACUACACACCUGUGUUUAAAGUUAUCAGGGGAGAAGGAGUCCAUAUCUACCACAGAGCUGGAGAUGAUGCUGUUCUGUCCUGUAAAAGACCUUCAUCAUCUCUCUCAUGCUCCGCUGUUGACUGGUUUUAUACGAGAGCUGAAAACAUGGAGCGUCAUCAUGAAGUUCAUGGAGGAAAAGUUCAGAGUUCAGCUCGAGCUGCCAGGCUGAGGUUGGACAAUAACUGCUCUCUGAUCAUCAACAACAUCACUGCUGAGGAUGCUGGACGUUACACCUGUCAGCUUUGGGAUGGAGGACGCUUUGACACAGAUGUGUAUUUAAACAUGAUGAGCAUCUCUCCAUCUCCACCAGGUGCUGAUCCAACAAAGGAUGGAGAUUUCACAUUACAGUGUUCUCUGGUCAGAUACAGAGGGUUGGGUCCUUGUCCAGAGAAGAGCCUCCUCUGGGUGGAUGAGACAGGAAGUGAGCUGCUUGGUGAAGGUGUUGGGUUCAAGUCUGGAGGACAGACUGGCUGUGAUUCUAAUCUCACUGUGAAGCUUCAGAGCAGCAGCAACAGAAGAUACACCUGCCAGUUUGUUGAGGGAAACACAGUGAAGAUAGAAGCUCACUACACACCUGUGUUUAAAGGAGUUCCUGCCAACAGAACCAUCAUCAUCCUUGGAGCAGUGAUCUGUGUUUUCCUGCUGCUGGUGGUUCUUGCUGCUGUUUUUUUCAAACUCAGGAAAAUCAGAGUUAAAGAGGAUCACAGAACGACAACAGAAGAUCAAGAUUCAGCCCAUGAGAGUCAUCAUCAUCAUGAUGAGGUGUAUUCCAUUGUGACCUAUGCCACUGUUGACCAUUUUAAGGACAGAAUGUCUAAUAAGAUAAAGAGGAGGGUUAAUUUUAUUUCACCAUUUUAAACCAUAAAAUCAUGUGAAUGGGGGCCCGACUGAACAGCUGCAUUUUGCACAAGGUCAAACAGGACGAAGACUCUGUGACUUAUUCUUCUGUCAGGACUAAAAAUAAGACGGAGGUGAACAUCAACCCCAACAGUCUCUGCAACAGCAUCGCUAAGACAAAAUGAACCACAUAAGGAAAUAAAACAUCUCUUCACACCUCUGCCUUUAAUGGCCCUUUUUCCAGGAAGUGAACCAUUGAGUUUAAGUGUCAGUGAUACUAACGCAUUCAUUUAUAGCUGGUGCUGCACCGUUUGCUGUUGCAUUUUAAUGAAUGAAAAUACAAUCUGAGCAGAAAUAUACAGUUAGUGAGUUAUAUGAUAUAGCUUUGUUAUAACUGUGGACUGUAAAUAGUCAAACAAAGAGGUGCAACAUCAAUAUUCAGUAACUUGUUAAUUUAUGAACAGAUCUAAAAUAAUCAAAUGUAUUUUAUAUUUUAUUGUACCAUAAACUCAUCAUCAUUCUGUAAAAUACAACUUUCUGCCAGCAAAGUAGAAACAAACUCAUAUCCUCUGAUCUUUAGUGGUGUGCGAUACUAGGAAUUUUUAUUCGAUCCGAUACCAAGUAAAUACUUGUAGCAGAAAUACUGCUACAAGUUUGGAGAUGUUUACUUAUUCACCACAAAUAUAUGGUUUACUAAAGAAAAAUUAAAGUUUACAAAUUUUAGUCUUACCACUAGGGGUCAGCAGAAUUUACUUGAUACUAUAAGAAACUUGCUGUGACAACCAUGUAAAAAA